GAAAUUCCACAUCACACAAACACACAAACACACUCGGAUGCACAGGAACCAGAGAGAGAGAGAGAGAGGCAUCGUGACGUCGACCAUAUUGAAAGAUUUUCAUCCCCUCGGGGGGGGCGUUCGGUGCUGAAAACAACACCCCAGAGCAAGCCAUGAAAUUUGUAUUUGAAGCGCGCGCGACAGUGCAAAAUGGAAAAUCGGCUCGCUGUGUGUGUGUGUUUGUGUGCUGUUGUGACGACGUUAAUUUGGUGUUAAUUUAGCGCGUACCCAGCGAACGGGAGUGGCGAUCCUACUAACGGAGUGUGUGCGUAGCUGCACUUACGAUUGCCCGAACGCGGUGAAAAUGCAUGUGUCAGGGUAUUGACAGGGCAGCAAUGUAACAUCGAGCACACACAGUAAUCUAGGAGCUUGAAAAGAAUCUAACCCGUGUUUCUGACAGCAGCUUUAGAGCGUUUCGCGAAAAUACGCCACCAGCAGAACAGCACACGAGCCAAGCAGGCGGCAGCAGGCGAGAUGCUGUGAGAUGGCGCUAGGAUAGUUUCACACGUUGUGUGCGUGCGUGCCACUGUGUGUGUGUGUAUGUACAGUAAUGGAGGUGUUCUAAAAAUAUAAGGCAAACAGUUUUGUCUGAUUUCGGUGUCGUGAGUGCGUGCGUGCAAGGAAGAGAGAGAGAGAGAGAGAGAAAGACACCCUCAAAGAGGGGGAGUAUCUCGAGUGAAUAAAAUCGAUCUACCACCACGCAACGACCCUGGGCGUUGUUUGUUGACCAUUUGCCAUUGAUAAUUAGGUGGUGGUGGUGGUGGUGAAGGUGGCGGUGAUGGUCAGUAGCGGCGUUUAAAGGGCAUUCGAAGGUACCGGUGGAGACUGCCCUACUGGAAGGAGCAACCUUUGCAACGGUCGCCGUUAAGCAGCGCGAUCAAACACACCUUCCUACUGACGCCGUGUGGUGAAGAAGCAAAAUUACCUCAACCCCAGUAGCAAAAGCACCAACCACGAACAAGAUGUCGAUAUCGAACGGGAAAACCUCUUCCGACAUCGAGAAUGUAGACUGGAACUCGUCCGGGAUGUUGACCCACACCAGGUACGGUUCCACCAGCAGUCAGGUGUCGCAAAGCAGUGGCGACAUUUGCCGCAUCUGUCACUGCGAGUCCGACACACACAACCCGCUGCUGACGCCCUGCUACUGCUCCGGAAGUCUAAAGUUCGUGCACCAGACCUGUCUGCAGCAGUGGCUGACGGCGUCGGAAACGAAUUCCUGCGAGCUGUGCAAGUUCCCGUUCAUCAUGCACACGAAAAUCAAACCAUUCAACGAGUGGCGCAGCCUGGAUAUGUCCGGCGUGGAACGGCGCCGGCUGUGCUGCGCCGUGCUGUUCCACUGUGCCGCCGGUCUGUGUGUCAUCUGGUCGCUCUGCGUGCUGAUCGAGCGGGCGGCGGAAGAGGUACGGCGCGGACAGAUCGGGUGGCCGUUCUGGACGAAGCUGAUCGUGGUGACGGUGGGGCUAACCGGUGGCGUCGUCUUCAUGUACAUCCAGUGCAAGCAGUACUUGAAUCUGUGCAAUCGUUGGCGUGCAAGAAAUCGCAUUUUGCUCAUACAGAAUGUGCCGGAAAAGAUCCACCCGCCCCAGUCGCCCCAGAUGCCCCAGUUUCGGCGCGUCCAGACGGCAGCAACCUCGGGCCAACCGCUCGGCGGCGGCACGAUGGGCAUCAAUGCGGUGAACAAUGCGGUGACGGCGUCGGUGGCAGCGGCAGCAGCGGCUGCGGCCGCCGCCCGCCAAUCGUCGUACGAUCAUCCGCUCGGUGCGGCCACGGUCAGCGUCAGCCUGGGGGGCGGUGGACCGUCAACCGGCGGCGGCGGCGGAGGCAAUCACUGCGAGCUGCAGCUGAACCAGCAGGGCCAGAUAAUUGCGGCCAACAUCGAGAGCAACUCGAUCGGGGGGUACGAUCGCGACUGGACGCUGGACGACAUCAGCCAGGUGUCGUUCAAGCCGUGCCUGCAGGGCAGCGGCAGCCUGACGCCGAUGCCAUUCCACGACUCGGUGCACAACAUCUGCGAAACGACGACGGGCAGCGGAAGUGGCAUCAUGGUGAUGAGUGCUACCUCGACGACGGCUGGCGGUGGUGGUGGUGGCACUGCCACAUCCUCCUCCACCAUCACCACGAACGGUAACGGCAGCACGCACCGUUAUUCCACCGUGUCCAGCUCGUCGAAUCCGGGUGGGGCGGAACAGAGCACGAACAGCGUCGGAAAAUCGAUCACCGGCGGUGGUGGUCCCGAGCUAAGCCUGCUGACAAAGCUCAACAAUGGAGCGGCCGAGCGGAGUAGAAGCAACUCCCCGAACGUAGUGCCCCGUCCCGAGGCCGGCCCGGCGCCCGGUGCGAUGGGCCGGUACGUGAAUUCGGCCAUAUUCCUCGAAAACCGUGAUAUUUUAAACGAUCCCGCGCUGGGACCGACGGGUCAUGACGAGCCGCCGGCGAGCAAGCUAUACCACCGACACUCGACCGUACUGAGUGGAGGUGGGGUAGCAGCAGCAGCAGCACCACCACCAGUCGGCAUGGCUGCUGGCUUUGGCCGGGAGGAGGCGCUGGCCACCCAAUCGGUAGCUACCGAACCGAGCAAAUCGUACCGCCGCUACUCGGACACAAAGUUGCUGCAGAAGCAAUCGCUCAGCUUCCCGCAGGAACCGCUCGCGCUGUGCGAGAUCGGCACGCACACCAAAGACCAGCUGCUGCUCAAUCCCAAAAGCAUCAUCUACGACAUGACGAGCCUGCUCGGUCCGGCGGUCGACCUCAAGGACCCGCACCCGAUCAAUGCGGGCGGUUCGUCGUCCGAUCGGGCGCUACUGACCGGCGAUGGGGCGGCAGGCAGCAGCAACGGUCGCCAUCACCACAACCACCAUCACCACAGCCACCAUCACCAUCAUCCGCAUCAUCACCAUCGGCACCAUCACGGGGCGUACCAUCAUCAUCCGCUUGCGGGGCCGGUCGAUGGCGGCCGGCCGGCCGGCGCCGACGAUUCCAUCCAGCAGAAUGCGCUCCAGACGACCGACAUCCAGUUCGAAAGCGGCGCCCCGCUGGACGACGAUGCGCUCGAGAUGAACAUACAGGAAAUACUCGAGUACGAUCAGCUUCAGCAGCAGCAGCAACAUUAUUACGCACCGGACAAACACUCUCCUCGUGCGCUGGUGGAGCAGCGAUUAUCGCUCGAGAACAUCCUGCAGUCGUCGUACCACGACGAUCCGGGCGCGGUACCGGUCCGCCCGUACUACGACCACCACGGCCAUUCGAUGCUGUCGCUUAGUCUCGCCAGCAAAACGCCACCUCCUCAUCCUCCUUCCACGCUCCUCAGCGGUGCGGCGGGCGUCGGUAGCCACGUGGUGGCGCCGCCGCAGAUCGUACCGCCGACACUGUCCACCGACUAUCCGUACCCGCGCUCGACGAUGGCCGGUACCGUCGUCGUGGCGGAAAGUCCCUAUCAGCAGCAGCAGCAGCAGCAGCAGCAACAGAUGCAUCCGCAGCUGCAACAGCAACGCUCACACUGCUGUGGUGAAACGGUGGACGCGUCACGUUUCGCCAGCGACAGCAACAAGCUGAAGCUGUUCAAAUCGUUGCCCAAUUUGAGCGCGAGCAGUGAGAAUCUGCUACCGUAGGGGCAAAACCGUUGCGCGGAGAGCAAAUCAAUUACUUCAAGCAUGAGGCUGACCACCAACCAACAGGACGCUGCGGUGUAGUAGUAGUAGUAGUAGUAGCUGUGGGUUUAGUGUGUAGGGAAAAUGAAGACAAGGGGGUAAGGGAAGAAACGUAAAAUAUUUGUGAUUGUUCGCUAGAGGUAAACCAAGCGCUGUAGAUGAUAUUUUAGCAGGGUUUUAAGCAUUAGUAAGUGAUCGGGAUGUGUGUGAGUGUGUAUGAGUGAAAGGAUGUGCGGAUUUAUAGACUUGAAAAAAACGAACCUUUAGGAAGGAAACAGGAAGUAGCGAACGGAUGCAGAAGGAGCGUUUGUGAGCGAAUAGUGUGUAUGUAUGUGUGGGUGCGUGCGUGUGAACUCUAGUGAUAGGAAAAACCGGCGCCAAUUUCUCAACUUUCCCUGUUCUUCUUGUAACCCCUCUCUGUCUCUCUCUCUAUCUAUAGUAGUCACGUUUUAACCGACCGAAUUUUGCAAAGGCCAAUCUUAACUAGCAGCAAACAAACAACGCGCACUCCCUUCGACAUAUUUUAAACUUUCCCUCCGUUUGGGGAUGUUGGGACUGAUGGGACUGAUAGGUAUGGCCAUCGGGAAUGCUGGCAGGCACUGGCUGGCUGUGGCUGGCUCCCACCCUGGUUGGAUGUGUGCUGUUGGAUUGUAUAGAUAAAGUUACUACUAGCAUUAUUAGAUGCAAAAAACCAAUCAAGUCAGUCGUAAAUAUCUCUCUCUCUCUCUCUCUUACUGUGUCUCAAUUUCAAUUUAAACACAACAGCGCAGCGCAGAGAGAAGAUUUGUAGAGAAUUCUUGUGCCACGCGGGGGUCGUCCACGCGGGAGCAGGGGAAAUGAAAAUUGUGAAUCGAAUUUUAGCGAAUUAACGUGUAGAAGCAGCAGCCAGUGUGUAGUCGUACACAUCACAUACUCGCACUGAUCGGUAUGUCGUUGUAUGAUGCAAAAAAAAGCAGGAUUAAAAGAGAAAGGUAUCGAUCGGUACACGCACGGGCACAAGCAGCAAGGCGGAGAAGCUUUGCUUCAAUUCUUCCCCUCUCCCCUGCCUGUUAUGUUGUGUCGGUCGAUAGUGAUAAAAGCGCAAGGGACGUAAGCAAAGAAGCUUAGAAUCUUAGACCCAUUGGAGUUUUUUUUUUUAACUGAAAUUCCCUUGUUUGUAUAGUGUAAUGUUGCGACAUACACACACACACGGCAUAUGUAUUGUGGUGUACAUUUGAUUCUUAGUGAUAACACUGACUCAAUGACUAACUGAGCAAAUAUGUUACUGUUUCAUUUUACUAUUUAAAGUGUCCAAUACAAUUCGAAAAGCAAAACUGGUAUUGCCUGUGC